UAACAUGGCCUUUGAGAAAUAUAUGUAUUAGUAUCACUAAUGGCUGACUUUGACCAGCUCCAACAGCAACAAAAAAAAAAAAAACACUCAUUAAAACAACAUUAUAUUAUUCCCUGCUAAAAGUCUAAAACCUGGGGAGAUGGAUCAUAAUAAGUACCUACCUGCUAUAACAUAGUAGAGGAGCUUCAAGAACUUAAAAGGAAGAAGCUAUGGAUUCCACCAGAUUUUCCAGCGCUUCAGUCAUCUUCGGAACACUGCUUCUCUUGCAGGUCGUGUAUGAAGGUUGCAGUGCAAGGAAGAUGGGGAUGAUACAAGAAAGGGGUUUGCAGCAUGAUUCACCGCCGCCGACAUCUUCAUCGUACAUGGAUCCUCAGCUGAAUGUUUUCUUCACUCCGAAUGAUCUGGAGAUUGGGAAAAGGUUGCCGGUGUUUUUCGACAUCAAUGAUCGUUCAACUUACCCGCAUCUUCUGUCCAGAGAAGAAGCCGAUUCCAUUCCCUUCUCAUCCGCCGACCUCCCUUAUCUCCUUGAUUUCUUCUCCUUCUCCGCCGCCUCGCCGCAGGCCACGGCCAUGGCGGAAACCCUCAGGCACUGCGAGUUCCGGCCGAUGGAAGGAGAGACCAAGUUCUGCGCCACGUCUCUGGAAUCCAUGCUCGACUCCACCCGCGAAACGUUCGGGUCGGGUUCAAAGUUGAGAGUUUUGGCGACGAAAUUCGUGACGAAGCCGCCGUCUGUUUCUCUGCAGAAUUACACCGUCGCGGCGGCGCCGAGAGAGAUCCCGGCGGAAAAGAUGGUGGGGUGUCACGCUCUCCCUUACCCUUACGCGGUGUUCUACUGCCAUAGCCAGCAGAAGAAUAAGGUGUUGAGGAUUUCGUUGGUGGGGGAGAACGGAGAAGACAGAGUUGACGCCGUCGGAGUUUGCCAUAUGGACACCGGAAAGUGGAACCCGAACCAUGUCUCAUUUCGAGUUCUGGGUAUCCAGCCCGGCGCCUCUCCGGUCUGCCACUUCUUCCCGGUGGAUAAUCUUGUUUGGCUUCCUUUGCCUUAAUUAAAACUUAAAACUGUAUUGUGAAGCAAACUGUAUUUAGAACACUACUAUGGUUUCGAAUACCCCAUCAA